AUGCCUUCCCAAACCCAUCCGCAGGCGCAAUUUGUGCCCAUAUCGCCAGACUUUGACGUAGCUGCCCUAGUCGAGAACGCCCCUAAUUUCGAUUAUGUUAGGAGAGUGUCGACCGAGGAACUAAAAGAGCAUUCUAUACAAACUUUUGAGGCGCUGGUUUUGGCAGUCGUCAUUCAAGCUGGUCGGCCGCUCAUCAUCGAGGACUGGGGAAAUGCUCUUCCUAGAGAUCUGUUUUCGAAACAAUGGCUUGAAAAUAACCUCGGCAAAAAUCCUGAGAAGGUUUGGGAUAUCUCCAAUGCGGUCGAUAUCCCCAUGAGCAUGGGCCAUUACUUGCGAUCCAUGGGCCAGCUCACAACACAGUUUUCCUCGCCCAACUACCGCGAUCCUAAGAGACAGCGCCUAUACCUGAAAGAUAUCGAUUGUCCGGAGGAGUGGGCACAGCAUCUGUCCAGCGUCAUCCCCGAAUCGGUCUAUUACUUAAAUGAGUGCAUCGAAUCGCGGACAGGUGGGGACGGCGCCGUGCGGGAGCCCAAUGAAUAUGGACAAAUGGUUUAUGGUAAAGGCGUGGCACCUGCUGGAGACUUGAUGAGCAGCCUCCCGCCAGAAAUGCGUGCGCAAAACAUGAUGUGCUACAUAGGACACGAAGGGACGUACACGCCAGCGCAUCGAGAAAUGUGCGCUAGUCUGGGUCAGAACAUCAUGGUGGAAGCUUCCGAAGACAGCAAAGGAGAGAAAGCUGGCAGUUCGAUCUGGUUUAUGACUGAGACCAAGGAGCGACAAGUUGUUUCGGAGUAUUUCCUUUCUAUGCUUGGACACGAUAUCGAAGUCGAGAAGCAUUUUGCGCAACUAAAUGCCUGGAAGAAGGCACCAUUUAAUGUUUACGUUGUUGAGCAAAAGGUUGGUGAUUUGAUCCUUAUACCGCCUUUGGCACCACAUCAAGUCUGGAAUCGCGGCACACGAACUAUGAAGGCCGCCUGGAACAGGACGACCGUUGAUACCCUCGAAUUGGCGAUUCACGAAGCUCUGCCACGUGCACGAAUGGUUUGUCGCGAUGAACAGUACAAGACUAAGGCGAUAAUCUACUACACUUUGAUGAAGUAUUACGAUCUGCUGCAGAGAGAUACCAUAGAACCGAAAAUGUGGAAGUAUGGCCGGAUCAAACAAGUCCUUGAUGACUUCAAACGAUUAUUUCUCUUAUUCUCCGAAGUCCUCGUAAGCGAGAUGUUUUCUCCAAGGCUACCCGAGGAAACCGAUGUGGAAUUUCUGGAGUACGACUCUAACGUUACUUGUUCUUACUGCCGUUGCAACAUUUUUAACCGCUUCCUGACCUGUAAAUCCUGCAUAGAAUACGGUCCCAAGGGAGAGGAGGAUACGUAUGAUGUUUGUAUGGACUGCUACGCUAUGGGCCGCUCUUGUGCUUGCAUAUCAAACCUCAGUUGGGUUGAGCAAUGGAAGUGGUCCGACCUCCUUCAAAACUAUGAGCGAUGGCGCAAUAUUGUUGUUCAGUCAGACGGAUUCUUCGAUGUACAGAGAUCCCCACAACCUAUUGAAAUUGCCAGGAAACGUUACGGGAAAAAGCCUAUUGCGGAGGUAUGCCAGGAGCAGCUGAAGAUAAGACCUUGGAAAGACGUCAAAAACCCAGAAGCACGAGAACCUUCUCCUGGAAUGUCGGAUGUGGAGCCAGAGGUUGAUGACAAUGGAAGACCCAAGAACAGAAAACGAAGUAAAUUUUCAAGGCAUGGCAAAAGUAGGCCGGCCGGGGUCGAAAAGCAUAAUUCCACAUCUUGCCAUAUCUGCUUUCAUCGGGAUUUCAAUUGGAAAUUAGCUUUCUGUAGCACUUGCAGGAAUGCUUAUUGCUACGGCACUCUGUGGAGAGCAUUCGAUCUCAUGCCCCAGACCGUAAUGGAGGACAAGGAUUGGCAGUGUCCGAAGUGCUUGAAGAUCUGCUCGUGUGGAAAAUGUAGAAAGUCUGACACUCAAACUCCUUAUGCACCCAAGGGAACUCUGCUUGGGCACGACACAAGACUUGUGGCUGAUGUCAGAAGCGUUGAGAGUCUUGUUGACUUCUCGAAAACCAAUCUGGUUUGGCUUCGUAAUGAAGGCGACGAAAAUCCCCAAGAAUCUGCAAGGAUGCAGAAGCUUAAGGAGAAGGCGGAGGCCGAUAAGGCUCGCAUUGACACCGUCAACGAGAGUUAUCUGGAAGAUGGUGUGCAGCAAGACCCUUUCAUUGGGGCACCUCCAGCGGACGAGCAACAGAGGGACGACAUGCAAGAUAUCGAUCCGGCUCUCCGCGAUGUUGGAGGUUCGGGAACAGUUACAUUGCCACAGGUAAACGGCAACUACGACGACCACCACACGCCAAUGGAGGCAGCCGAUAAUGGCAAUGAAAUGGACAGCAAUGGCUACGAGAGAUCAGAAGAGCAACAACAGCAGCCGGAAUGGAUGAUGGAUGGGCAUUAUGAAUUUGACGAGUACGAUCCUUAUAACCAUCAAGGCACCAAUUAUCCAUCCAAACUCCUGGCACCCGAAGCGCAAAUGACUGCUCCAACCGUUGCCCCCGAAGCGCCAAUGAUGGCUCCUCCGCCACCAGAAUACUAUCCCGACCCUUCACAUCUUGACCAGGACAGGCCGUUGAUGGGUCAAGGUUACUUGAGGCAAGGUGAUGGCGUUGAUAAGAUUCUAUUCACCGCCCCUAAUCCCGAUGGCCCUCCAGAGCCAGUUGCUACAACUCAAAACGUCAACAUGGCAUUGUCAGAUCUAGUACCAGAGGUUGUCGAGGUCAAGAAGCGUAAGAGAUUGGAAGAGGACGAGGAUCUAGAAUUCUUUACCUCUAAAAGACAGAGAGAGCUUGCAAAAUCGAGGAAAAGUGUUGCAAAAGAUUUUGGAACAGAUCUGGGAGGCGCUCCGGUUGACGAGUCUGCUGAACGCAAACCGCCACGCAGAGCAGUAGUACCAAAGGUCUAUACUGACGUGGGAGAAGAAGCUCUACCAUACGGUGCGGACGAUAUUGUUGCUGUAAGGGUCAAGAGUGAAGCAGAACUCGCUGCUGAAGCAAAGCGACGCGCCACGAAGUCUAUGACUAGAGAAAGGGGUCCGACACCACGAAAAAGCUUGCGUAGAAAUCAGGAAGAGUCUCCUGCUGCUUCUACACCCAAAGUUAAACCUCCAAGAAAAUCGGCAUGGCUAGCAAGAAAGGAGGCACGGGAAGCAGCUGGCGAGAACAAUGAUGCUCCAAUUUCUGAUCGAAAGCGAAGACGCCGUUCCAAGAGAUCCAUGGACUCUAAUGCUAUAGACAUAUCAUCCGAUGGCUCGCAAGCCGACCGCAGCGAGCGCUCAUCUGGAGAAGAAGACGAAGGCGGGGAUGAGGGAGAAUUCCGUGCUAGUGCUCCUCCGAAGCGCGGCCGAGGACGUCCUAGAAAAUCUGUUGAUACCAAUGGAUUUCACAGCGAUGCUGAUGACCAGGAUGAUGAGUUCCAUGCCAGUGCUCCCCCAAAGAAGGGUCGUGGUCGUCCAAAGAAAAUCUCAACCGUCCGAAUGCAGCCUAUGGAGAUUUCGUCUGCACAGUCGGAUGACAAUGAGGCUGGAGGCGUUGAGUUGGAUGUUGAUAGUCUCUUCGGUGAGCCAAAUGAGAGGGACGGCAGUGAUGGACCAGCAUCAACCGUCAAGUUGACUACCAAGUCCAAUCAACCAGCCUCUGUUGAAGAUUAUCCCAGCGUGGAGAUUUCUCAACUCGACGGUAAUAUGUCUGAUUUUGCCCCAGUUUCAGUCCCAAAACGUAGGGGUAGACCGCCCAAGCACGUCGCCGCGACUAUUCAAUCUCCUACGCCUGAGGUAGUUGUAUCGAAUUCAACUCGAGCUCCAAAAAUGCUUUCCCUGAAAGAAAGGCUUGCAUUGAAAGGAAAAGCCGCCAAAAUUGUGGCGGCGAAACCAACGAGCUCCAAUGAAAACUCGCCAUCUACAAUCAACGGAGCUAAUACAGUGAUUACUCAACGUCCUGUUGUAAUCAGAAGUCUGAGCGCCACCACAUCCGCAGGUUGGAAUGAUGAGAAAAAUUCUUCUGGGGGGCUCGAUUCUGGGUCUGGGUCGACUCCAGAACCAACGGCCAUCAGGCUUUCACCAAUCAAACCUGUCGCAGCGGUAGCAGAUCCACCACCCCAAGUUGUAAAGAAAAAACCUACUGUUGUGCGUCUUAUGAGCACCAAAACGGAAUCAGAAUAUGAGUCUAGAAGAUCGAUAACUAACGAAUCAGAAGAGCAGGCAUCGGAAGGUGAAGGCCGUCGAAGCUUAGUCUUGGAAUCAUCUGAUUCCGACGACUCGGAUAGUGAUGCUAGUAUUCCUGCUGUGCGCAGGACCCCAAAACCAAUUCGGGCACCUGUGGCUACUGGUGGGCGAGGUCGUGGUAGAGGCAGAGGACGCGGAAGACCUGCACGAGGUAUAUACUAA